ACUGAACACCCCUGGGUCAAAGCCAAGUAAGUUCCUUGCUUAUAACACAAUGGCAUCUUACGGGCUUCUAGAUCAGCUGGAGGAAGAUGGACUUCACAAGUCGCGCCUGCUCAACGUCGAAGAAAAGCCCUUCAAGCGGAUUUCGAAACGUCUCCUGAACAACGACUCGGUCCUGGUCUCGAACGCCACCCUCCCCCCAACCCCUCCACCGGACGGAUCGGACGAAGAUGCUACGGCGGCGGAGGAGGCCGAGAAGCUCAGGCGGCACGAGAACUGGAGUCAUUUCCGCGAAGACGUCGCGUUGGACUUUGCCGCCUUCGAGAUCAGCAUCGCGCGCAUCCAAUUCCUCCUCACCAGUAACGAGAAGGAGCGCGAGCGGUAUGCCACGGAGAAACUGGGGAUCCUGGACACCAUGCAGUCCGUCCGCGAUAACACCUCCGAGCUGCGGGUUCAGCUCGAGGAGGCCCAACGGCUGCUGGCGCUGCGGAAGAGCUACGACGAACUGGCGGAGAAGAUCACGAGCAACCGGCUCCUGAAACCGCGCGAGGACCAGCAGGCCAACUUGCAGAAGCUGCAGGCCGAGAUCACCGAUCUGGAGAAGGAGAGCAAGGAAUACGCGCAGACGUGGUCAGAGCGCCGUGAGCAGUUCGGUCGCAUUGUCGAGGAAGGCAUGCAGCUGCGCCGCUUGAUCCGCGACGAGAAGGAAGAAGUCGAGCGUCGCGAGGGGAUGCAGGAGGGUGAGGACGGCGAUGACGGCGACGUCCCCUCCAAGGGCAAAUCGAGCGGGGCCAAUACUCCUCGGCAGGAUUCAGACAGCCUGGCUUCCUCGCACCAUAGCCCCGAGGAGCUCAGCCGUCUGUCUGCGGGCUUGCAAGUGGAUAGAUCAGGCACGGCCGGUGCAGCGUCUCCCUUGCGGCAAGUGACUGUUCCAGGUGAAGAGGAAAAAGCCUCGGCUGAUCUGGACACCACGAUGGAAGACGAAGGGGAGGUACAAGAGGAGUUGGAAGAGGGAGAAGAACAAGACGAUCGUGCAGAUAAGAUGGAUAUUACCGGGUGAUUGGAAACUACUAUGACUAUACAUUGAGCGCGGAGUUAAUUGGUGGCGUUUUUGUUCACGGUGGCUGUCAUUUACAUCAGUUUUUCUGGAGUAGGACUACAACGAUUG